AAUAAGUGGAGCCGGACAGUGGGGGAUGACUAUAGAGGAGGGUGGACUGCUUCAGUCUGACUAAACGCGCACGGUCAUGUUGCAGCGCAGGGUUUUCCACGCAGCUCUUAAACACCUUUUCACAGGGACCCAGGAGCCCCAUAAAAGUCUGCAAUGCGGGCUCCUCUGGGGACACAGGGUGGUCUGGCACAGGAGCAAAUCAAGUCUCUCUGAUGUGAAGGAGCGGACUCUCAUUGCCAUAAAGCCAGAUGGAGUUCAGCGUCGUCUCGUCGGACAGAUAAUCCAGCGGUUCGAGCAGAGAGGGUUCAAGUUGGUCGGGCUGAAGAUGCUUCAGGCAUCACAGGACGUCCUGUCUGAGCACUACUGUGACCUGAGGACCAAGCCUUUCUAUAGCAGUCUGCUGCGCUACAUGUCCUCAGGACCUCUAGUUGUGAUGGUGUGGGAAGGGCACAACGUCGUUCAGACAUCACGAACCAUGGUGGGAAGCACUAAUCCAGCUGAGGCGCAGGCAGGAACCGUCAGAGGAGAUUUCAGCAUUCAUGUCAGCAGGAAUGUGAUCCAUGCCAGCGAUUCUGUGGAGGGGGCUCAGAAGGAGAUCCAGCUGUGGUUUCAAUCAAAAGACCUUCUGGACUGGGACUGCUGGGACCAAACCAGCACCAGUGAGGUGUGAGGACAGCACCAAUCAAUAGGAAGUGAGAGUUCAAUAUACUGCCUCUUUCCCAGCUGCUCAGUGGUCCGUCACUUCUAACCGUGUGGCCAACAGCGAUUGAAAAACAUGAGCCAUAUUCAUUGAUCAAUCUCAGUGAUUUACCUCAAAAGUGCACUCUAAUAUGUUGCGUUCAGGAUGCAUUUUAAUAGCAGUAAUCAGCAUGUUUCUGUCUAAUGGUUGAACUACUUAAAUGUUUACUAUGAAAAGUGUUGAUUAAUGACCCUUUUUAUUAUUAUUUUGAGAAAAAGAUUGAAAAAAACUUUAAAAAACUACUUUUUAAAGUGAACGUUUUACAUUUUUCAGGAACUGCAUCCCUCUUCCAGUAUUCCCUAUACUGCUUUUUUAUGUACCAGGUCACCAAUAUUGCAAAAAAUACAGACUUUGAACCAUUUUGCACUGAAAAGAUUAAAACGAGAGCAGAAAAACAUGACAAAAAAUGAAAUAAACCAACAGUAUGUUUAAAUAAACCUCCACAAUGAUCAGAA